CGCAGGCACCUUGCUGCCCCCCGGACACAGAGGGGCGGGGGUUCGCGCUCUGUGGCAUGGGCCUCCGCUGCCUGCCACAACCCUUGGCGUUACAGACCGACCAUGUGGACGCUGGUGGGCUGGGCCGCCCUGGUGGCAGGGCUGGUGGCUGGAACACGGUGCCCAGAUGGCCAGGUCUGCCCAGUGGCCUGCUGCCCAGAUCUCAGAGGAGCCAGCUACAGCUGCUGUGACCCAGGGGUGGACACAUGGCUCACAGCCCUGAGUGGGCACCUGGGGAGCCCCUGCCAGAGCUCAGGCCACUGCUCCGCCGGCCAGUCCUGUGUCCUCACCACCUCGGGAACUUCUGCUUGCUGCCCGUUCUCACAGGGCCUGGCGUGUGGGGAUGGCCGUCACUGCUGUCCCCACGGCUUCUACUGCAGCUUUGACGGGAGGACCUGCAUCCAAAGAGCAGGUGGCCCCCCACUGGGUGCUGUCCAGUGCCCAGGUGGUGAGUUGGAGUGCCCCGACUCCUCCACGUGCUGCCCCACACUGGACGGCUCCUGGGGGUGCUGCCCCAUGCCCCAGGCCUCCUGCUGUGAAGACAGGGUGCACUGCUGUCCCCACGGGGCCACCUGCGACUUGGUGCAUAUCCGCUGCGUCACACCUGCGGGCACCCACCCCCUGGCCAGGAAGUUCCCCGCCCAGAGGACGAACCGGACAGGAGCCGAGGGGGCGCGUGUCAGGCUGGGCGCCAUCCUGUCGCAAGUGCUGUCCCCCGCCCCUCUUCCCACCUCAGUCCUGUGCCCUGACGCACGGUCCCAGUGCCCGGAUGACACCACCUGCUGCAAGCUGCCUGACGGGGAGUAUGGCUGCUGCCCGAUGCCCAGCGCCAUCUGCUGCUCCGACCACCUGCACUGCUGCCCCCAGGACACAGUGUGCGACCUGAAGCAGAGCAAGUGCCUGUCCCAGGACAAGGCCACGGCCCUGCUGACCAAGCUCCCUGCAUGGACAGUGCGGGAUGUGGAGUGUGACCAGGAGGUGAGCUGCCCGGACGGCCACACGUGCUGCCGCCUGCAGUCGGGCGCCUGGGGCUGCUGCCCUUUCCCGAAGGCUGUGUGCUGUGAGGACCACGUGCACUGCUGCCCGGAGGGGUUCACAUGCCACACGGAGAAGGGUACAUGCGAGCAGGGGCUGCUCGGAGUGCCCUGGGCACUGAAGUUUCCGGCCCACGCCAGCCCCCUGGAGAGCGAUGUCUCCUGCAAAGACAUCACCAGCUGUCCUGCGGGCAACACCUGCUGCCGCCUCGCUUCUGGGGAGUGGGGCUGCUGUCCCACCCUGGAGGCUGUCUGCUGUGCCGACCGCAAGCACUGCUGUCCCCAGGGUUACUCGUGCAUGGCCGAGGGGCGCUGCCAGAUGGGGGACAGGCUAAUAGCUGGACUGGAAAAGACGGCUGCCCGCCUGGCGUCCUUGCCCCAUGUGGGCAACACUGACUGUGACCAGCACACCAGCUGCCCGGUCGGCCAGACCUGCUGCCCCAGCCUGGGCGGGGGCUGGGCCUGCUGCCAGCUGCCCCAUGCCGUGUGCUGUGAGGACCGCCGGCACUGCUGCCCAGCGGGCUACACCUGCAACGUGAAGGCCCGGUCCUGUGAGAAGCUGGCGGAUGGCACCCACCCUGCUGCCCACCUGGUGGCCCUGGGCUCCACUGGGGGGGUGUCGGAUGUGGCAUGCGGGGACAGGCACUUCUGCCAUGAUGACCAGACCUGCUGUCGAGACAGCCGGGGUGGCUGGGCCUGCUGCCCCUUCCGCCAGGGCGUGUGCUGCAUGGACCGGCGCCACUGCUGCCCUGUGGGCUUCCGCUGCGGGAGCAGGGGGACCAGGUGCGUCCGGAGGAAGACCCUGCUGCGCUGGGACAGCCCUCUGAGGGAGCCUGCUGCCAGACUGCUGCUGUGAGGGGCGGGGGACUGACACCCUCGGCCGUGGGGACCUGCCGCUCAGGCCUCCCUAGCGCCCACUCUGAACCCACUCCAGGCCCCUGUUCAGGGGCGGGACCGCUCUCUACGCCUGCGCCAUGGGAGUGUGUGGCAGAAGCCACCUCACAAGCUGCCACACACCUGACCCCGUGGCCUGGUGCUGCUCUCACCGCGGUGUGCGUGCGAAGCGUGUGUGCUCCAGUAAAGUUUGUACACUUCCUA